AUGGCGGUUGCCCGGGUGUUAAAACGAGACCGGCGGCACAGAGGGCUGGUCGUGCCCAGAGUGCCGGUUCCUGUCGAGGCGGGAGAUGGUGCGACGUACACAGCCCUCCUAACACACGGCGAGCAGGUGGAUGUGCUUGAGCGCCUUGACUUUGUGUUAAGAAACAUUUCAGAGCUAAGAAAAGAAGUGGAGGAGCUACGAAACAGCCUGCAGCACUUAGCCGCAGAAAUCAUUGGUGAAGUCAGGUCCCAUCUGGAAGAAACCCAGAAAGUAACUCGCCGGAGGCGGUUUCCGUUUCCUAGAGAAAGAAGUGAUUCCACAGGCUCCAGUUCAAUUUAUUUCACAGCCAGCUCAGCAACAGCCAACACGGACGAUGGAGAAAGUGAAGGAGGGUACACCACAGCCAACGCUGAGUCUGAUUACGACCGGGAGUCUGAGAGAGAGAGCGAAGAAGGGGAAGAUGAAGUGAGCUGUGAAACAGUGAGAACUGCGCGACGGGAUUCCCUGGAUCUCGUCAACGAGGAUGAAACGCAUUUAGUCUUAGAUUCCUCGCUAGAGGAAGGACUGGGUCAGCUACUGCAGCAGGCUGACAGCUUGCACAACGGAGAUGAGCAGGAGAAGAGAGAGGGAUUCCAGCUGCUGCUGAAUAACAAACUGGCGUAUGCAGACCAGAAAGACUUUCUUUGGCGCCUGGCCCGAGCACAUAGCGAUAUGUGCGAAAUCACAGAAGACGCAGAUGAGAAGAGAUCGUAUGCAUCUGAUGGGAAAGAAGAAAUAGAAAUUGCCUUACAGAAAUGGGAUCAAAGUGCUGAGUGCCAUCAAUGGUACGCUAUUCUUUGUGGGCAGUUAUCGGAACAUGAGAGUAUUCAGAAGCGUAUUCAAACUGGAUAUGUUUUUAAGGAACACAUCGAUAAAGCGAUUGAACUGAAACCAGAGGAUCCAAAGUCUUACUAUCUUUUGGGCAGGUGGUGUUAUCAGGUUUCCCACCUGGGAUGGCUUGAAAAAAAGACUGCUUCUGCUUUGUUUGAAGCCCCUCCUACAGCCACUGUACAGGACGCACUGCAAAACUUCUUACGGGUUGAGGAACUGAGCCCAGGAUUUUCCAAAGCAGGAAGAGUAUACAUUGCCAAGUGUUACAGGGACCUGGGGAACAACUCUGCAGCUGUUCUCUGGAUGAAUCUUGCUUCAGAGCUGCCAGUUAAUACAAAAGAGGAUGCAGAAAGCGAGAGAGAACUUGAAGAGAUGCAGUCAGUCUGCGAAGAAUAAAUAUAUAAAGGCUCAUUCCACUUGAUACUGCAUAGACAGUAAAAUUCCAGUUAAAGGGGUUUCAUGAUCCUGACAACUUUGAUUGCACUUCAUGGAUAAGCCACAAGAGUUUACAUGAAAAAACGCGCAGCAGUCGCAUCAGCACAUCCAGGAAAAGAUCUUGGUGGGAUUUAAUAGGAUAAAAUUUUGUAUUAUUUUCCUUCUUACAGCACUGCAUAUGUUUGAUUUGAAAAUUCCUAAAAAAUGUCAAAUCCUAAAAACAGGUGGUGGUAGGGGCGGUGUAUAGGUAGAAUUUGUGGUAUAAA